GAGGAAGGAAACAAAAAAAAAAAAAAAGAGAGAAGUGAAGUCUAGAUCUCUCUUCUUCUACAACCAAGGUUGGUCCGUCACCGGCGAAAGGCGGAAAUCCUCUUCUCCGACGUUAUAAUGCCGUUCAAGACGGUGGAGCCUCCGAGUCUGUUGCGUUACUUGAUCGGAUCGGCGGUGAUGAUGAUCGGCGUCGUAUUACCAGUCGGUUACAUGAUGUUCCGCAACAAGCGCGUCCCUUCCUCGUCUUCCUACUCUAAACAGACGAACAAAGUUUUGAUUUAGAAGUCCAGAGACUGCGGUUGAAUUCAAUUGGAUCCACAAGGAUGAUGACAUAUUGAUUAUGGGGGAUUCUUGUUUUGACAUGGGUUGCAAGAGAUAAGAGAUUAAAAACCUACAAAAAUAUGAGUAAUUUUUCGUUAAUCUUCUUUGUUAGGUUAUGCAAGGUCUAUUAUGUAACACAACCUCUUCUCUUAGGCUGAAACAUUAUAUAAGACUGAAUUUCGUUCAUUGCAUCUUGUCUCUUUGUGGUAAAUGAAAUGUUAUCGACAUGCUUA